AUGACAGCAACUCUCAAGGUGAUAAAGUAUGUGAAAUCGGCUCCAAGUUUAGGCUUAUUUUUCCCUGCUGCCAACACCUUGAAUCUGUCAGCUUAUAGUGACUUUGAUUGGGGGUCUUGUUUGAUGACUAGAAAAUCCAUUAUUGGAUUCUGCGUGUUUCUCGGUUCUGCAUUGAUUUCUUGGAAAUCCAAACGCCAAGCUACCAUCUCCAAAUCUUCUUUAGAGGCUGAGUAUAGGGCUAUGACAUCUACGGUUGGACAAGAUGUAGUUGGAGAAUUGACUAAAGCAAUGGAAAGAGCUAGUCUUGAUAUGCGUGUUGUAACUUUGGUGAAUGAUACUAUUGGAACAUUAGCUGGAGGUAGAUACUCAAAUCAGGAUGUGGUUGCUGCCGUAAUCUUGGGUACAGGAACUAAUGCAGCAUAUGUAGAACGAGCACAUGCUAUUUCUAAGUGGCAUGGCCUUCUACCUAAAUCAGGGGAAAUGGUUAUCAACAUGGAGUGGGGUAACUUCUGGUCAUCGUACCUUCCGCUAACAGAAUAUGAUCAAGCAUUGGAUGUCGAAAGCUAGAACCCUAGAGAACAGAUUUUUGAAAAAGUGAUCUCUGGUAUGUAUUUGGGAGAAAUUGUGCGCAGAGUUUUGUGCCAGAUGGCUGAAGAAGCUGCUUUUUUUGGUGAUACUGUUCCACCAAAACUGAAAAUUCCAUUCAUACUGAGGACUCCAGACAUGUCCGCAAUGCAUCAUGAUACAUCUUCAGAUUUGAGAGUGGUUGGGACAAAAUUAAAGGAUAUAUUAGAGGUAUUAUACCUGGUCAAUAAUGUUGGACGAAAGCCCAGGAAAAUUAUUUUUCUAGCCUAUUGUGAUCACCAUUUAGAACUUAACUAUUACUAUUAGCAGCAAAAAUUGGGCAGAGACACAGUGAAAGAUGGGGAAAAGCAGAAGUCAGUAAUAGCUUUAGAUGGCGGGUUGUAUGAGCACUACACGAAAUUCAGUGGUUGCAUGAAAAGCACGGUCAAGGAGAUGCUGGGAGAGGAAGUCUCUGAGACCAUCACAAUUGAGCACUCAAAUGACGGUUCUGGAGCUGCACUCCUUGCAGCCUCUCACUCCCAAUGCCUUGGUGUCGAUGAGUCAUUUUCAACAAUUUAA